CUGCGCUGGAACAGCGGAUUUACAUAGAGAGAAAAAUACAAAACCUGCAAAAAAUCCCAAAACCGACAUGGAAGAACGGAGACAUCCCACUGAUGUUCACCUUUUAGGAGUGAUGCACAAGGAGAAGAGCAAACUCUACAUGACUUCUGUUCUUUGGUCGGAUCAAAACGAGAUCGUCAUCUACAGAACGCUUGAAGAAUUCAAGAAAUUGCAUAUUCAGCUUAAAAAGAAAUGUGCAGCUUUACAUGCUGGUCCCUUUCAGAGGUCAGUCAGGACUGUUCCCAAGUUUAAAGCUGAAAAAGUAAAGAAAGGAUUUCAGAAGAAGAGCUACAGUAAGUCCCUGCUGAGGCUGAAGCCACUGGAAGAGUACUGCACGGCACUGCUGAAUGCUGAUCCGUCUGUCUCACAAAGCUCAGAGCUUGUCCAGUUUCUGCUUCCCAGACCAGACGAUCUGAAACCAGAAUUUUCUCAAAAUAGCAUCAUGGUCAUGCCAUCAGAAGAAUCUAUGGGCAGAAGCAUUACACCAAAUUCUGAUGCCAGUGUAACCCAGCCAUUUGUGACCCAGAUGUACCGAUGCAUCGCUUCCUACGAAACUAAAGACACAAAGAACCGUCCUUUUAAAGUUGAGGUGGAAGAAGCUGUGGAUGUUCUUAUCAAGGAUAAAGCAGGCUGGUGGUUGGUUGAGAAUGAGGCUAAAUGCCUCGCCUGGUUUCCUGCUCCAUACCUGGAGAAUGCUGAGGCAGACAACGAGGCUGCUGAUCAAACAAUGUCACAAAGUGCUCUUUUUGUUGCCACCAAAACGUACAAAUCAACAAAAAUAGACGAACUGUCUGUGGAGAUUGGAUCGGUGGUUGAGGUUUUGCGGAAAUCGAAUGACGGCUGGUGGUUAGUUAGGUACAACUGCAGGACUGGUUUCAUGCCUUCCAUGUACCUACAACCAUACAUUAAUCCAAGGGUGCAUAUAAUUGGCACCCAAAGGGGGCUUCAGAGUUCUUCCCUCAACUUAGCUGAGCUUCAGGUCCCUGCUAGCUCGUCUAUGAUGAUCCCAGGACAUGAGCUCAGUCGUUCGCAGUGCAACCUCCUGCUUCCAAGAAACAACCUGAGUUUCAGUGAUAAGGCCAAAUCACACUCACUGAAUGUUCUUACAGAUGUUUCCCCGGUCCCACCCACCAUCAAAGUGGAGCCUGCAGAGGACAGCAGGUCCAGAAGCUCAAGUGGCAGCAGUGAAGAAAGCUUCAGUGACAGUUUCAGCUCCUCAAGCAGUGGGUCUGUCUGCAUGAGCAGCCAUGAGGACAUCCGAAGAUGUCGGACACCCCAGCCUGACAACCUGAAAAUAAUCAAUGGCAAGCUCUUGCCUAGCACAUCUGAGCCCAAUAUCUCCAAAUUGACUGGUACACCCAAAAUUCCCCCUAGGCCUCAGGCACAAGAGAUCCUCAAACGCUGCACCACGGUGACACGUAAAAACAUCUCCAGGAACCAAAUGAUUUCUCCAAUUGGGGACAUCCACAGCCGCUGAACAUGGUUGUUGGUCUUUUCACUCCUCCAGCUAGAUGAGGAACCAGCAAAUGUGCAUGGACACGUAUUUGCAAGUGGCAAACAAGAUUCAGAUUAGUGUUAAAAGAUAGAGGUCAGUGUGCAGCAAAGGAGAAUACUAUUAUAAAAUGUUCUUUUCUUUUUCUUACUGAACAACUGUAGCUUCUAAAGGGGGUUGAUUUUGAUUAAUACAUAUAGGCUUAAAUUGUCAUUGAAGGGCAACUAAUCUGCUUAAUAAUGCAUGUUAUAUAGAUAACUUGUACAAUACAAUACAUGGUCAGAAUAUAGAUUACUGACACAAUACACAUGGUUAAGGGUUAUUUGAUUAGUUUUCUUAAAGCAGAGGGUUUUCAAACAUCCUAAAACUACCUUGUUAAAGAAGUUGAAAUUUUAAUCUACAGGCACUUAUAUUUAAAGGGCUUUACAGCAUUUACUGUUUUUACAUUUUUAAAAUCUUUUAGGCUGCAGCGGUUUUAUAACUGACCAAAUCCAAAGCAAUCAAGCAUAAGACCUGCUGCCUUGGGGGUUCUGUGUAGAACUCUUAUCAAAAUGAUUACACAGCAAAUUAAACAUGCCAUGGCUUUCACUGUAAUUAAAGAGGUAUUUGUCUAUGGUUUGUAAACAAAUGUUUCAGAUACAUUUUGCUUUGUUCAGUUAUACUGAAAUUCUCUUCCAUACUGGAAAUUCAAUGUAGUGCAUCGUAUAUGCUGUAUUUAUUGUACUAAACAUUAUAGUGAGGCAUCAUGUGAUGAUCCUAAAUGUAACCUAUAUUUUUAUUAUGAUAUAAAAUCAUUCUGUAGUGUAAUGUAGACCAAACUCAAAGUAAACUGGAAUGUGUAGACACAAUCUAUUCUACAUUUUUAUUAAAUUCUCUCCAACAUAUUCCAAGCCAAUAAAAUGUGAUUGUUGAGAAUUUGUCAUUAUUUUAAGUGUAUGUACAAUAAAAAUCUAAUAAAA